AUGGACCCGUUCGAAGACGUCUACAAAGAGGGCAUCUCGGAGCUCGGCCGGCUGCGGUCGACGUCGCCCAACUCGAUCGACUUCAACAACAUCAAAAUCGACCUCAUCGAAAUUAUCAACGACCUCGACAACGCCCUGGAGGUCAUUCAGCAAUCGAAGAACCGCGCAAGGGCAGGCAACGGCAAUGACACGUUCUCGCACAUCGACGACUCAGAGGUCCAGGCCCGCAAAAGCAAGCUCGAUACCCUCAAAGUCGACUUCAACAAGGUGCUCCAACAGGUAAACCUCCCCGGACACUACUCAGACAACCCGUUCCAGGACCCGCCUGCGAUUGACCAGCAGUACACACAGCAACUUCUACAGGAACAGGACGACAUCAUCUCGCACGACCUCACGCGGUCGAUCCAGACUCUGCACCAGCAGGCCCUCACGAUAGGAACAGAGCUUGACCACCACCAGGAGCUUCUGGACGACGUGGAACACAACAUAGACAGACUCAACUUCAAGCUCGUCAACAACGGCAUCAAGAAGAUCAACCGGUUUUUGGAAACCAACCAGCGCGGCGGCAACUGCUGCAUUGCCGUGCUCAUUGCCGUGCUCGUGCUGUUGUCUUCUCUUGUGCAAGGCAGUGUACACCUGGCCCGUGCACAAAACAACUCUCUUGAUGCCAGCUUUCUCGUUGAUGGACUUUCCAAGCUCCACGUCCUCGAUCAGCCACUGGAAGUGCGACUCGCCCGUGAACUCAGAGAUGCUCGAUCUGGCCAAUGGGUGUCUCAACAAACUCUUGGAGAAAAACAUCACCAAUGGCUUUCUGAACUGACGGUGCAUCUGUCUUCUGAUCAAGUGGAACAACGAAGCUGGAGUCGAUGGGUACGCAAUCUGGAUGUUGCAGUCCUGGUGCUGUCUGUCGAGCUUCUCCUGAGUAGGGAAGAACCGUGGGUCCUCAUUACACAGCUGCAAGUAUCUCUCUAUUCUUCCGGAAGAGUGCUCUGGACCUUGUCCGUCGUAACCGUGAGGCAACGACAGAACAAUUCCCGAUCUCUGCUUCCACUUGGACUCACCAGCAGCAAUGAACUGGUCAAUAAUGACCUGCGCAGUAUUGGCAAAGUCACCGAACUGGGCUUCCCAGACAACAAGAGCGUCUGGCGAGGUCAAAGAGUAUCCGUACUCAAAUCCCAUCACACCGUACUCAGAAAGCGAGGAAUUGCUGAUCACGAAAUCUCCUUGGUUCUGGUCCAAGUGCUUCAAUGGGAUGCCUCACCGGUGGCCCAGUCGAUUCCCUCGGAGUUCUCAAUAGACUUCAAUCUAGCACCCAAGAUUCUCUUGAGGUUUCUGUGCAAAUGGAAGUCCUUAGGAACAGUAGAGAUCUUCUCACCAAUGUACUUAGCCUGGUCCUCAGGAAUAGCGGUUGGCAAGUGGGGCAAGAUCUCGGUAGCCAAUUCCUUUGGCGACUUGAAACCUUCCCAUGGAGUAGUUAGCCACUCUCUCGAAUCUGGCUUCCAAGUUGAACAUAAACACAACAGCUUCGACAUCGUCAGCAUUCACGUGGAAAAUUGGAGCAUUGAUAGCCUUGGCAAUGUCAGAAGGAUAUGGCGUGGAUCUAGCAAAUCUAGGGUCGGUGGUGAAACCGAUCUGGUUAUUCACAAUCACGUGGAUGGUACCUCCUGUAGCGUAGGCCGGAAGAGCGGUGAAUCCCAUGGUCUCGUAAACAACACCCUGACCAGCGAAGGCGGCGUCUCCAUGCAAAAGAACACCAAUUGCCUUCUUAAACUCGCCGACAUCGUUCUUGUAGUGCUGGAUUGCUCUGGUUCUUCCGAGAACAACUGGGUCCUCGGCCUCCAAGUGCGAUGGGUUAGCAACAAUCGACAGUCUUCCUCUGUGGGGCAUACCAAUGACAACGUCCUCAACACCAAGGUUCACGGCAGUAUCUAUCAAAGCCUUCAAACCAGGCACCACCGACUCGGCACCCUCCAUACCAAAUCUCUUAUCGUUUGGGAACUUGGUGGACAGGAAGUUCUCGAACUCACAAGCCCACAUCAGACGAUCCAGGAUCUGUCUCUUUUGGUCAGGAGUGAACUUGAAUGGGGUAGGGAUCUCGGUUCUGGCUCUGAGCCAGUCACAUUUUUGUCUGGAUGGAAUGUGGACGUAUUCGACACCAUAAGAGGAGCAGUAGAUUUUCUCGCAGGUAGCAAUCACGUCUUUCAAUUUCAUGGUGGUUGUUCCCUGCUCAAUGAAAUGUGGCAAGAUACCUGGACCAAGAGUGAUCUCCUUCUCAAGGUCGGCUUCCGUAAACCCGUAGUAUUCUGGAGUCAGCUCUUUAGGUUUAGGGGUGUUCUUAUCGUCGCCGAACGAGAUGCCCAAAGGAUCAAUGUGGGCCUUCUGAUGGCCACGCACCUGGUACGCUCUCACAAGCAACUGGGCCUUCAAAUGGACCAGAAUGCCCUCGCUCACAUUUCCGGAUCCAGAUGGAACCAAAUUUGGGAUGCCUCCUUCUGGUUGCGGAAUCAAGGUUGGCGGAGCAAUGUAGGCGCUCGAUGCCGGCUUGUUGCCGUUCAUGUUGCGGAAGUAUGCGUCCCACGACACGUGGACACUCUUUGGGUCGUGGGUCCAUGCCUCGUACAUCUCGUCGAUGUAGUUGGCGUUGUUUGUCUGGAGAAAGCUGUCAAAGCCAGUGGCCAACGUUCUGGCGGGCAUCAUGGCCCUCACACGGGCCCGGAGACCAUGUCUGGCGGCAGAUCUAAGCAUGAUGGGUUCAGCAGGGGUAAGUGA